ACAAUAUUGAAUAUUGUACAAAUUCUAAAUUGUAGUAAUUUUUGGUUUUACAAUAAAUUAAUUUCAAAAUGUUAAGUGUUUUAAAUACUAUUGAUACAGGUCAUGAAGACAUGAUACACGAUGCUGAAUUAGAUUACUACGGUUUGCGUUUGGCCACAUGUUCCUCGGACAACUCAGUAAAAGUUUACGAUAUCAAAAGCGGUACACAAACUCUCGUUGCCGAUCUGAAGGGCCACUUUGGGCCAGUAUGGCAAAUAGCUUGGGCUCAUCCUAAGUUUGGAAACCUCUUGGCGUCCUGCUCUUACGACCGCAAGGUUAUAAUCUGGAAAGAGUCUGGAGAGUGGACGAAAAUUUAUGAAUACACCGGCCACGAGAGUUCUGUCAAUUCGGUUGCCUGGGCGCCAGCCGAUUACGGACUAAUACUCGCCUGCUGCAGCUCCGAUGGUUCUAUUUCAACAAUUACUUAUAAUCAAGAAGGUGGCAACUGGGAAGUCAAGAAAAUCCCAGGAGCUCAUGCUAUUGGAGUAAAUUCUAUAAGUUGGUGCCCCGCAAUAUCGGCCGAUUUGAAUUUGGAUCCGCUCACCAACAAGGACGCCCCAAAACGCAUAGUGUCUGGUGGCUGCGAUAAUUUAAUAAAGAUAUGGAAAGAACAAGGAGACCAAUGGGUUGAGGAGAAUCGUUUGGAGAUGCACAUGGACUGGGUGAGAGAUGUAGCGUGGGCGCCAUCACUAGGCCUGCAGAGAUCCAUGAUUGCCAGCUGUUCCCAGGACAAGAGAGUAGUCAUCUGGUCCAGUGACGACAAUGUAUCUUGGACGCCAACAAUAUUGAAUACCUUUGAUGAUGUCAUAUGGAGUGUGAGCUGGUCUCUUACAGGAAACAUAUUAGCGGUGUCCGGAGGAGACAACAAAGUCAGUUUGUGGAGAGAGAACCCCGAUGGGCAAUGGAUAUGCAUUAGCGAGGUAGCUAAAGGAUUGGGGCAGACUCCCAGUGAAGAACGGAGUACACUUUGAGGGGCUUUAUUAAUUUUGUUUAUAAGUUUAUUCCUUUUUUUCUUUAAUUUUAAUUGUAAU